GCGAGAAUGAAUGCGUAUGCUGUGGCUCAUGGAAAGAGUAGGCAGCUAUUUUAUAUAUCCGUCGAAGCUUUUGUGAUAUCCCUACGAUCUCCAAAUCAAACACGGAAGACCAUUUUGUCAACGAAACCCUUCCCAUUCGUUGGCAGCAACAACUUUGUUUGGACCUUCCCGCCGUUUCGCCUCCAAAACCCAGCUCAAACCAUCCUCAUGUAGCGCACCUCAUCUCCCUUCAACUCACAAGACCACCUCUUCAAUCUUCGCAACUCCCACAACCAAACUCUGAAAGCGACUUCCAUCUCCUGCAACAACACUCCUCGAACUUAUCAAUACUUUCGCAAUGGCAAGCACCGGAGAUCGCCCAUAUGACCCAUACAUUCCCUCUGAGCCAGCGGCUGGCGGAGCUGGCGCUCAACCCGCACCAGGCAAUCAAAGAACGGCGGCGUUACAAGCACAAAUCGAUGAUACUGUUGGUGUAAUGCGAGAGAACAUCAACAAGGUCUCACAGCGUGGAGAACGCCUCGACUCCCUCCAAGAUAAGACCGAUAACCUCGCUGUAUCAGCUCAAGGAUUCCGCCGUGGUGCCAACAGAGUUCGUAAGCAAAUGUGGUGGAAAGACAUGAAGAUGCGAAUGUGUUUGAUUGGAGGCAUCGUCAUCUUGCUCAUCGUCAUCAUUGUUCCAACUGUUGUCGCCACACACAAGUAGAGGAACGGUGGUAGAGGAGGCAAGGUACAAAGGCAUGGUAGAUGGAAGGCUUGAGGGGCACGUUUGGUCUGCCUGGUGCUGUGGAAUCCAUUGGAUUGUGAUCCUCUCUGCGGCACUCGCUGGAAUCGAGCAAGCUCAACGAUGGUUUAGCGGUCUGGAGUUGUCAUUUGAAUUUACGCUAGUUUCUUUCUCGAAGGGCGUCACAUACAUUGAUGAGGGACUGCUUGAUCUGCCUGUCAUGGAAUUUCGACAGAUGGAUCAUAGCCGCUGCACUCAACCAACGGCAGGUGUAUAUUGUAGGACCUGAUAAGUGGAAAUAAUUGAGAUAUCACGACAGUUUCACGAUCUUGGCAGUGAUGAUAGGCUCUACUCUCUAGUUUUCUUCCCUUUCUUCUCUCUUUCUAGUUUCAAGGCUUCGUCAUUCUAGUAUACCAAUGAUAUCUGAACUACCUCUAGUCCAUCUAGCAAG